AUGGGCAAUCCUCUGGCGCGACGCACCGAGCAGAUUCUAAGACAAAAUGCCCCAUACCCAGGCGAUGACCUGAAUGGGGAGGAAACAUUUUCGGGGGGACGAUUUUUGAUCUAUAGAGUGUCAGAGACCUGGCACCUAAUUAUGGAUCAUGGAUCUCACCUGGAAGACGAUAUCGAGAUCCCAUUGUUCUUGUUGGAAAACCCAGCAUUCUUCAUAAGAGACUGGUAC